AUGCAGCGCUCGUACGCCCUUCUCGGCUACUGCAAUAUGCCAAGGCCGAACAUCCGUCUCACGAUCUGUGACGCCUCUAGCACGGGCCAAAGUACCAAGACCCCUAAAGUAACACAGCAUCUCUCGAAGAAGCGGCUCGUACGCACGAGGGGUAGCUUCUGUAUGGACAAGGUUAACCUCCAUCAUAACUGGAGGAUCUUCAAUCUUGAUUCCCGUUCGUUUUAUCAAGUAACCACUGGCAAGUGCAGGCCGCAUUUCAAGAAGCGUAGUGGAGUUGCCGAAUCGAUGUCCAGAGAUGGCGCCCCAUGUUUGAUCAGUGGCAUCAAUCAAGAAAGAAUCGGCAUCUGGUUCCGUAGCACUAUCGGCACCUGGGGUGGCAGCUAG